AAUUAUAUAUACUACUAGUUUUGCCACAUUUUUGAGACACAAUACAACUUCUUUUCUGUGUUUCAAUACACAUACAUAUAUUGCACCUUGUCAUCCUAGUAAGUUGUAAAACAACAACAACAACAACAAAAAUGGCUCUACAAAAUGCACAGCAAAAUAAAGAUAUGAACUUACUUUUGUCAAGUGAUGCUAAGCCUAGAUUAAAAUGGACUCCUGAUCUCCACCAACAAUUCAUCGAUGCAGUCGCUCAACUAGGAGGUCCAGAGGAGGCAACACCAAAAUCAUUGAUGAGAGUGAUGAAUAUUCAUGGGCUAACUUUAUAUCACCUCAAGAGUCAUUUGCAGAAAUAUCGUCUUGGGAAAAGUCAAGCCACUGAUCAAUCUUUUGAUGACAACAAACAAGAAGGUAAGUUGGAGUUGUGCGCAACAGUACCUGAAAAUACAAAGGAAAAUGAAAUCUCAAGAGGCUUAAAUCAGAGGACUUAUUUUGAUGCAGAAUUCAGAGAGCCUCAGAGUGAUAAGUUAUAUUUGGACAAUUGUGAUGGAGCUCAGAAUCAAAUGAAUGAGAGUUUGCAAAUAGCAAGAGCUUUACAAAUGCAAAUGGAGGUCCAGAGGAAACUUCAUCAACAGAUUGAGGUACAAAGACAUUUACAACUGAGGAUAGAAGCUCAAGGCAAGUAUUUACAAUCAGUUUUGAAGAAAGCACAGGAAACACUAGCAGGAUAUGGUACUUCUUCAGUUGGAGUAGAACUUGCUAAAGCUGAACUCUCUCAAUUAGUUUCAAUGGUUAACAUGGGUUGUUGUCCAACUUCUCCAUUAUCAGCAAUAACAGAAAUUGAUGGUUCAAUCUCAAAAGAUACAGAAAGAAAGCAAUUGAAUGGUGAAAUCUUGUGUUCACUCGAAAGCUCUUUAACAUCUUCUGAGAGCUCAGCAAGGAAAGAAGAUCAGAAUAAUACGCGGAACACGAAUACUUCUAUUGCUCUCUCAUUGAAUCCAGAAACUAAAGAAAAAAAGAGGAGAAGAAAUAAUAUUUGUGUUGAACAACCAUCUAGUAAAAGAUGCCACAGUCAAAGAAGUGAUGGAAAUUUGGCCAAGAUUGAAUUUUCGGAGACCAUUUGUUUGAAUAGUAUGUGCCCAAAUGACUAUGAACAUGGUCCAAAAGAUAUAGACUUGAACAAGGAAGUAGAGCAAUUUCAAUGGUUAUAGUUAUUGUAUCUUGUAAUUUCAUUAGUAGAUAUAUGCUUCUAAGCUUAUACUUUAUUUCCUAUAUAGUCAUUUGAUUCCUACAGCUAGUAUGUUGUUUAUAGAGAAGUAUAUGUAUAUUGUUUUGUGAAUGAAACUGAAAGAACUUUUCAAAGUA